AUGGACAUUGUUGCGAUGAACAAAUAUCCAUUAAUGAAUUGGAUUUUGGAUUUAUAUACACCAUAUUAUCAACGUAAAGCUGAUCGUCUAAUUGUGAUGUUUCAUUUCUUGAUGGUGAUACAUGAAACAUUAUCCUUAACUCGGAAUGAUGGAAAUUCAAUAACAAUGAUGUACGUCAAAAAAGGUCAACAUAUUCGUGCUCUUCAUGAUAUUGCAGCUGGUCGUCAAGAAUAG